AAUCCCCCCCACCCGCUUGGUAUUCCAAGGCGGUCAGAAAAAUCUUUGAAAAGCGCAGCAUCGCACCGGAUGGGAUCAUUGAUAAGUCGUUCAGUGCCAGCAAACAUGAGUGGACCAGUUGCUGAAUUCGUGAAGGGCGCCAUCGCCAAGGACAAGGUGGUCAUCUUCUCCAAAACCUACUGCCCGUACUGCACCAUGGCCAAGGAGCCCUUCAAGAAGCUUAACGUCGAGUAUACUUGCUACGAGUUGGAUAAGCGUAACGACGGUGAUGAAAUUCAAUCCAUUCUUGGCGAGCUGACCGGAGCCAAAACGGUACCGCGAGUGUUCAUCGACGGUAAUUUCAUCGGUGGUGGCACCGAUAUCAAGAAGCUGUACGAUGAUGGUCGGUUAGCCAAGAUGUUCGCUUAAGCCAACGCUCUGUUCUACGCAAUUAUUGCCCUCAAAGUUAAAUUAUACGCUUAGCUUCUCUCUCGUUUGCGUUAUCGUGCGGAAUAAACAGUAACGCCGU